UUUUUGGUCGCAUAUUAAUAAUCUGAGAAGACGAGUUUAGUUUACUGAGUGAGGGGAAAGAGCGUGAAAAGACCAAAUUGACCUUGGAUCUUCGUCUUUCCUCUCUCUCUCGCUUCGCUUCUUCUGCUAGCUCCAUCUCCGAUUCCUUUUCCUUCGUCUUCUAGAAGCUUCUACCAUGAACGGGAAGGCCAACGUCACCAAGGAGCUCAACGCCAAGCACAAGAAGAUAUUGGAAGGACUUCUUAAAUUACCAGAUAACAGGGAAUGUGCUGACUGCAAAGCUAAAGGUCCAAGAUGGGCUAGUGUAAAUCUUGGCAUCUUUAUAUGCAUGCAGUGUUCUGGAAUACAUCGAAGUUUGGGGGUACAUAUAUCAAAGGUCCGUUCUGCAACCCUGGACACUUGGCUUCCAGAGCAAGUUGCAUUCAUUCAAUCAAUGGGAAACGAGAAAGCAAAUAGUUUUUGGGAAGCAGAAUUACCUCCAAAUUAUGAUAGAGUUGGAAUUGAGAACUUCAUUCGUGCAAAGUAUGAAGAGAAGAGAUGGGUUCCAAGAGAUGGGAAUUCAAAAACACCUUCUGGAUUGCGGGAAGAGAAAACUCCACAUUGGCAGAGGCCUGUGGAGAGAAGUGGUCAUGCUGCUGUUUCUGAGAAUACUUUUGAGGAAAGGAAGAGAACCCAACCAUCAAAUGCAAUUCCUGCUACAAGAAUUAGUGUUCCUGCUCCUCCCAGAGCACCUGAGCAGGUAACUCCAACUCCUGUUACCAAACCUCAGCAUGUUGAGAAAGUGGAACCAGUAGCACCGCAACCACAAGCUGAAACUUCUAAGCAGGCAACAGACACAGCUCAAACUACCCCUCCAAAAGUUGACUAUGCUACAGACCUUUUCAACAUGUUGUCUAUGGAUGGCCCCAGUGAAAAUGCCUCAGAAGCUGCUGGUGCAACCGUUGAUGAUAAUCACUGGGCAGGUUUUCAGUCUGCUGCAGAGGUGUCAACAGCUGAGAAGACUAGUCUGCCGAAAGCAGCUGAUAGUACUCCCCAGUCUGCAUCUGGCAUUGAGGAUCUCUUCAAAGAUUCACCUUCUAUGACACCAUGCUUAGCUCCAGAAAAACCACAGAAAGAUGUGAAAAAUGAUAUCAUGAGCCUCUUUGAGAAGGGCAAUGUGGUAUCUCCAUUUUCUAUGCAUCAACAGCAGCUUGCCAUGCUAGCACAGCAUCAGUCUCUUCUAAUGGCUGCUGCAGCUAAAUCUACUGGUGCAGAUCCCAGGUAUCCUACUGGCAUACAACAACUUAGACCCGGUGUUCCUAUUCAAAGUUGGCCAGCUAAUGGCUACUCGAUUCCUGGUGUAAUGCCCAUGGGUGGUCAGGGAGAGCUGCAAAAACUUAUGCAGGGUCAGAGUAGGAACAUGAUCCCAGCACAAUUUGCUGGGAGCUCUGUUCAAUAUCCACCAUCCAGUUUCUAUGCUAUGGGACAAGUUCCUCCAGUUAACGGUAUGGGACAAGUUCAUCAAGUUAACGGGUUGAUAGCGACAAUGGGAGCGAGUAAACCUCAGUCGGCAGCUCCAGUGUCAUCUACCACUUCACAGCCUGCGAAGGAUUAUGAUUUUUCCUCCUUAACACAAGGGAUGUUUGGGAAACACUGAUUGGUAUUUUUGUUGGGCAAUGCACGCUAUGUCAUAUACCAUAGAAAGAUUAGUUAAAAUUACAGGAAGUGCGCUUUCUUGUCAUUUUUUCACUUGACCUGUUCCCAUUUGUAGAGCUAGUUCAGGUUUUUCCUCUUUUAUUUCAGAUGAUUGCUUCAUUUGUAUCCGUAGUUGUAUUCACUAUUCACAAUAAAAUUGUUGAUAUUAAUUAUAUAUUCCUUUCUUUG